AUGGCCAUUGUGAAACGAGGCGGUCGUACUAAGAACAAAGUACAACCAGCCAAACAAAAAGAAACUGGCACUGGUAUUAAACGUGCUGAAUUUGAUAUCACCAAGAAAAAGGAAGUGGGAGUGUCGGAUCUUACCUUGUUGUCAAAAAUUACUGAUGAAUCUAUCAAUGACAAUUUACAUAAAAGAUUUGAUAAUGAUACGAUUUAUACUUAUAUUGGACAUGUCUUAAUUUCUGUUAAUCCUUUCAGAGAUUUAGGGAUUUAUACUAUGGAUAAUUUAAUGAAAUAUAAAGGAAGAAAUAGAUUAGAAGUACCACCUCAUGUAUUUGCUAUUGCUGAAUCAAUGUAUUAUAAUUUGAAAUCUUAUGGAGAGAAUCAAUGUGUUAUCAUCUCUGGUGAAUCAGGUGCCGGUAAAACUGAAGCUGCUAAACAAAUCAUGCAAUAUAUUGCCAAUGUUUCCGUUGAUCAAAAGAAUGCUGAAAUUAGUAAAAUUAAAGAUAUGGUAUUAGCUACUAAUCCCCUUUUGGAAUCGUUUGGUUGUGCUAAAACAUUAAGAAAUAAUAAUUCAAGUAGGCAUGGGAAAUAUCUUGAAAUUGAAUUUAGUGAAGGAAAUUAUCAACCAAUUUCAGCUCAUAUUACCAACUAUUUAUUAGAAAAACAAAGAGUUGUUUCUCAAAUCACUAAUGAACGUAAUUUCCAUAUCUUUUAUCAAUUCACUAAAGCCUGUCCUCCAAAAUAUCAACAACAAUUUGGUAUUCAGGGUCCACAGACUUAUAUCUAUACUGCUGCGGCAAAGUGUAUUGAUGUUGAAGGUAUUGAUGAUCUGAAGGAUUUUAAUGAUACUGUUCAAGCCAUGAAUAUUAUUGGAUUAACUCAAGAAGAACAAGAUAAUAUCUUUAGAAUGUUGGCUCUGAUUUUAUGGAUUGGUAAUAUUUCUUUUGUUGAAGAUGAAAGUGGGAAUGCAGCAAUUAGAGAUGAAACAGUCACACAAUUUGUAGCAUAUCUUCUUGAUGUUAAUGCCGAAAUCUUAAAAAAGGCAAUCAUUGAAAGAACGAUUGAAACAACCCAUGGUUCUAGACGUGGGUCUACAUAUCAUGUUCCAUUAAAUAUUGUUCAAGCAACUUCCGUUAGAGAUGCUCUUGCUAAGGGGAUUUAUAAUAAUCUUUUCGAAUGGAUUGUGCAAAGAGUUAAUAUUUCAUUAAAGGGUCACCAACAACAAUCUUCUAAAUCAAUUGGGAUUCUUGAUAUUUAUGGAUUUGAAAUCUUUGAACAUAAUUCAUUUGAACAAGUUUGUAUUAAUUAUGUCAAUGAAAAAUUACAACAAAUCUUCAUUCAAUUAACAUUAAAAGCUGAACAAGAUGAAUAUGUCCAAGAACAAAUUAAAUGGACUCCAAUUGAUUAUUUCAACAACAAGGUUGUCUGUGAUUUAAUUGAAGCAACUAGACCACAACCAGGUUUAUUCGCCGCCUUGAAUGAUUCCAUCAAAACCGCCCAUGCUGAUUCCGAAGCGGCCGAUCAAGUAUUUGCCCAAAGAUUAAGUAUGGUUGGUUCAACUAAUCGUCAUUUCGAAGAUCGUAGAGGGAAAUUUAUUAUUAAACAUUAUGCAGGUGAUGUGACUUAUGAUGUUGCCGGUAUGACCGAUAAGAAUAAAGAUGCAAUGUUACGUGAUCUUUUGGAAAUGUUGGGAACUUCUGCCAAUUCAUUCGUGACCCAAAUCUUAUUCCCUCCAGAAUUAUUAUCCCAAUUAACUGCCAAAAAAUCCGAGACUGCAAGUGAUAAAAUUAAAAGAAGUGCUAAUUUAUUAAUGGAUACUUUAUCCCAAUGUGCUCCAUCAUAUAUCAGAACCAUUAAACCAAACCAAAAUAAAAGACCUCGUGAAUAUGAUAAUACUCAAGUCUUGCAUCAAGUGAAAUAUUUAGGAUUGAAAGAAAAUGUCCGUAUUAGAAGAGCCGGUUUUGCAUAUCGUUCAACAUUUGAAAGAUUCGUACAAAGAUUUUAUUUAUUAUCACCUGCAACUGGAUAUGCUGGGGAUUAUAUCUGGAGAGGUGAUGAUAUUUCUGCCGUGAAGGAAAUUUUGAGAUCUUGUCAUAUCCCAAACACUGAAUAUCAAUUAGGUACCACCAAAGUAUUCAUCAAAACCCCAGAAACAUUAUUUGCAUUAGAAGAUAUGAGAGAUAAAUAUUGGCAUAAUAUGGCAGCUAGAAUCCAACGUGCUUGGAGAAGAUAUGUGAAGAGAAAAGAAGAUGCUGCUAAGACGAUUCAACAUGCGUGGAGAAUCAAGAAGCAUGGGAAUCAAUUUGAACAAUUGCGUGAUUAUGGGAAUGGAUUAUUACAGGGGAGAAAAGAAAGGAGAAGAAUGUCAAUGUUGGGUUCUAGAGCAUUUAUGGGAGAUUAUUUGGGUUGUAAUUUCAAGAGUGGAUAUGGGAAUUUUGUUGUUUCUCAAGCUGGGAUAAAUGAACCGGUGGUAUUUUCGAAUAAGGGAGAAAUCUUACUUGCGAAGUUUGGUAGAUCAUCAAAGAGAUUACCCAGGGUUUUUGUAUUGACAAGAAGUAAUUUGUAUGUCGUGGCUGAAGAAUUGGUGAAUAAUCGAUUACAAUUACAUAAGGAGUUCACUAUUCCUAUUAAUUCGAUUAAUUAUGUUGGAUUAUCUAAUUAUCAAGAUAAUUGGGUUGCUAUUUCACUACAUCAAAAUACUGCAACUUUGCAUGAUAUAUUUAUAAACUUAGAUUUCAAAACUGAAUUAAUCACUCAUUUGAAGAAAUUAAAUCCCGGAUUAUCAAUUAAUAUUGGCCCUACUGUACAAUAUCAAAAGAAACCUGGAAAAUUCCAUACUGUCAAAUUUGCAAUUGGAUCAGGAGCCGAAGUUCCAGUUUAUUCUGAUCAUUAUAAAUCUGGUACAGUACAUGUAAGACAAGGAUUAGACUCCCGUUCUCAGAAUCCAAAACGUCCAAGAGGGGUUUCUUCCAAGGUUGAUUAUAGCAAGUAUUAUAAUAGAGGAAAUAGAAUGGCCUCAAUUACUCCUGCUUUUAGUACCCAACCACAAGCCAAUUAUCAACGACAAGCACCAGUCUAUCAAUCCCAACCACAACAACAGCAACAGCAACAGGUACCAGCCAUUCAAACACCUGCUCGACAACAACAGCAGCAGCAACCACAACAACAGAACGCUGUUUCUCCAUCAUCGUACCAACCGGUGCUGCCAUCAAGAUCUCAAAGGAAGGCACCUCCACCAGCACCAAGUUUACAAUCUGGGAUUUCUCCUGCCGCAGCUGCUGCUCAGGCCGCCUAUGGUGGUCAAAGACAACCACAAUCAGUUUCUCCACAACCACAAGUUCAAAGACAACCACAACUACCAAGAGCAGCACAAUCAGUUUCUCCACAACCACAAGCUCAACAACAACCAACAGCACCUUCCAGACCGGUCAAGAAGGUCGCACCAGCACCACCAAUGAAAAAAACCGCACCUCCUCCACCACCUCCAGCAUUGGCGGCCAAACCAAAACACCCAACCUAUAAGGCGUUGUAUGAUUAUGAUGGAUCAGUAGCGGGUUCAAUUCCAUUGGUUAAAGAUACGGUUUAUUAUGUGGUUAGUAUAAAUGGAAAAUGGGGGUUGACUAAGACUUUGGAUGAGAGUAGAGAAGGUUGGUCGCCAAUUGAUUAUUUACAAGAAUGUGCUCCACCUGCUAAUUUGGGCGGUGGGAAGAGUCCACCUCCACCACCUCCUCCACCGGUACAACAACAACAACAACAACCGGCGGCAGUUGCGGUUGGGACUUCGAAUCCGGAGAGCUCAAAUAGUUCAUAUGUGACUACUUCGACCCAACCUACGACUGAGAAUGGAAGUCUUGGAAAUAGUUUAGCUGAUGCAUUGAAGGCGAAGAAGACUGAGGAAACGACGUUGGCUGGGUCUUUGGCGGAUGCUUUGAAGAAGAGACAGGGUGCUACUAGAGUUGAUAGUGAUGAAGAGGAAGAAGAAGAUGACGAUGAUGAUUGGUAG